AUGUUGGGAAUUCCAUUUCUUUCCACUUACAUUCAACGUAUUGUUAAGGUUCAGGCUGUAGCUGAUUCAGUGGACUGGCUUAAUUAUUAUUGUACUUCUGUGCUUCUAGCCUUUUUUGCAUUGGCAAUUUCAGCUAAACAAUAUUUUGGUUCACCUAUUCAGUGCUGGACGCCUAAUGAGUUCAAAGGAGGUUGGGACAAGUAUGCAGAGAAUUACUGUUUUGUGUCGAAUGCUUAUUAUGUACCUUUUGAUGAAGAAAUACCGAGAGAUUUGUCACACCGCCAGGAUCAGAUUAGUUACUAUCGUUGGGUCCCCGUCGUAUUAGCUGUGCAGGCUCUACUCUUCUGGUUGCCCAAUUGGAUUUGGAAUAUUCUACAUAAACAAACAGCUAUAAAUCCACGUUGUCUCCUCAACGAAGCGCAGAAAAGUCGAAAAUUGCAUGGAGCUGACCGUGAUAAAGAAAUUGGUGAAAUUGCGUCUUUUGUCUCUGACACACUUUCCAACUUUUCACCUGACGAAAAAUUUGGUUAUCGAUCCCGACAUCCUUCAGGGUUAAAUGCUACUUUUCUUUACCUUGCGCUCAAACUUCUUUAUAUAAUAAACUGUUUUGGUCAAUUAAUAGUUUUGAAUCGUUUUCUUGGUGGCGAAUUCCAUAGCUGGGCUUGGCAGGCCGUUUUUGACUUGUUCAAAGGUGUGGAUUGGGGGGAAUCUAAAUUAUUUCCUCGUGUUAUCAUGUGUGAUUUUUCAAUCCGACGUUUGGCCAAUCCUCAACGACACACAGGUUGA